AUGUCGCGCUUCUCGCACUACGACACCGACGAGGAACGGCUCCCCGAGGGCAUGUCGCGGGUCGGAUACGACGCCGACACCCAAGUGUACACGUUCCAGGACGCCGACGGCAGCUACUGGGAGAGCGCCCCCGGAUGCCAGUACGGCCAGCUGACGCGAGUCGGCGACGCGCCCGCCUACGGCGAUGACGACACGGAGCCCUUUCUCGUUUCCGACGGCGAGCAGCAGCAGAAGCAUUCCAGCAUGUCCUGGCGACACGAGAUGAUGCCGCUGCUCAACUUUGGCGUCCUCAUCGGCCUGUCCCUGCUGCUGCUGUUCUGGUACCUCCACUGGACGGCGUCGUCGGAGCAGGAAAAGGCCCAAGUCAAGUGCGGCAUCGACACCGAGGCAUACAUAGUCAAGGUCGGCGAUACGUGCUGGGGCAUCGCCGACAGCAGGGGCAUCAGCGUCCCCGAGCUUCUGGAGCGCAACACGGGCGCCGUCUGCAAUCCGCUCCCGGUGGGCUCCGCGCUGUGUCUCCCCAAGUAG